AUGACUUCUCCCAUUCCCGACUAUCCGCGCACGGAGAAGCACGCUGUCGUUAUCUUCGGGUGAUCGCACACGGAGGUUGAAACGCCACGGUGGCAGCAAGCCGAGGAUGUUGGUCAUCUUGCCGCCUAGAACGGCUUCACUGUCAUCACAGGUGGCUACGGUGGUUCCAUGGAGGCCACCAGCAAAGACGCGUGCGCGGUGAAGGACGCGGCAGCAGAAGGCUCUGCUGCUGUGUCAGUCGAAGUUGUUGUCAUCGUCGUGUAGGGGCUGUUUCCUGGCCACCUCACGGAGGGGAACAAGUAUCUGACCAAGACGGUGGGCUCGACGCCCAUGCUGCACUGCAUUGAGCAGCUUACCACUCGUUCCCGCUACAUCAUCAUUUUGCCUAGAACGACAGGCACGAUGCAGGAGUUGGUGACCAUCUGGGUGCAGAAGCUCAUCCACUCCGGUGACCUCCCGAUGCCGGUGAUCGUCGCGUUUCGUGACUCGUUGGGAGGGGAACUGCCAGGGCAUCAUUGA